AUGUGGGCACCACUAUUUUUUCUUAUCUUCAUUGUGAUUAGUCCAUUUUGCACAACUGUAUGGAAUUUUAAUCAACUUCUUUGUGGUUUUCCAUGUUAUUAUGGAGAAAAGAUUUUAAAUAAAUUUGAUUUUAUCUUCAAUCUUCUUCUUCCCGUUGUAAUCAUUAUGUUGGCCAAUGUAACCUUAGUUAUUCGAGUUAUCUGUCGAAAGAUAUCUCGACAACAAGUAGUCAAUUGGCGACGUCAUGGUAAGAUGGUGUUGCAACUAUGGAUCAUCUCAUCACUCUAUAUGGGACUUUGGCUACCUUUGACAAUCACAUUAUUCGUUCAAAUGACUGUACUACCCUCAUUUAUGGUCCAUCAAAUGGAAACGUUGCAGUUCACUCCCUAUUUUGUUGCACUUCUAUUGCCAAUGAUAUGCCUCAGUACACAACCUGAAUUAGUAAGAAAAAUUAAGAAUCAUAUUCGUAUACGACCAGUGAACAAGGUUACCGUCAUAACUUAUAAUCGAAAUGCAGGACAAACGUUGACUUUUGCUCAUGCUCGAUGA